GAAAAAAAAAAAAUCUCCCCGGCCUCGAAUGGUGGUGCCGUGAGCCAGGCGGGUCCGAGCGAGCGCGGGGCCGGGAGGAUGAAGCGGCGGAGCGCGGACUGCAGUAAACUCCGGCGGCCGCUAAAGCGGAACCGCAUCACCGAGGGCAUCUACGGCAGUACAUUUCUGUACCUGAAAUUCUUGGUGGUGUGGGCACUAGUAUUGCUGGCAGACUUUGUCCUGGAGUUCAGAUUUGAAUAUCUGUGGCCGUUUUGGCUUUUCAUCAGGAGCGUUUACGAUUCGUUCAGAUACCAGGGUUUGGCCUUUUCAGUAUUUUUUGUUUGUGUAGCAUUCACAUCCAAUAUAAUAUGUCUGCUCUUCAUACCAAUACAAUGGCUAUUUUUUGCUGCCAGCACGUAUGUAUGGGUACAGUAUGUCUGGCACACAGAGAGGGGUGUGUGUUUGCCAACAGUAUCGCUGUGGAUACUUUUUGUUUAUAUUGAAGCAGCAAUUCGAUUUAAAGAUCUCAAAAACUUUCAUGUAGACCUUUGUCGUCCUUUUGCUGCACACUGUAUUGGCUAUCCUGUUGUGACUUUGGGCUUUGGCUUCAAAAGUUAUGUCAGCUACAAAAUGCGAUUAAGAAAACAAAAAGAAGUGCAGAAAGAGAAUGAAUUUUACAUGCAGCUUCUCCAGCAAGCUCUACCCCCAGAGCAACAGAUGCUACAAAGGCAAGAGAGAGAGGCAGAGGAAGCAGCCAAAGGAUUACCUGAUAUGGAUUCCUCAGUACUUUUGCAACACAAUGGAGGCAUUCCAGCCAAUAAAAAAUUAUCCACAACAUUGCCGGAGCUAGAAUAUAGAGAAAAGGGGAAAGAAAAGGACAAGGAUGCCAAGAAACACAACCUUGGAAUAAAUAACAAUAUUUUACAACCAGUAGACUCUAAAAUACAAGAAAUUGAAUAUAUGGAAAACCAUAUCAAUAGUAAAAGAUUAAAUAAUGAUCUUGUUGGAAGUACAGAAAAUCUCUUAAAAGAGGACUCAUGCACUGCCUCAUCCAAAAAUUACAAAAAUGCCAGUGGAGUUGUGAACUCCUCGCCUCGCAGUCACAGUGCAACUAAUGGGAGCGUCCCUUCCUCAUCUACUAAAAAUGAGAAAAAACCGAAAUGCACUAGCAAGAGCCCAAGCACACACAAGGACUUAAUGGAAAACUGUAUUCCUAAUAACCAGCUAAGCAAACCAGAUGCACUGGUAAGGUUGGAACAAGAUAUUAAAAAGUUAAAGGCUGACCUGCAGGCAAGCAGGCAAACUGAACAGGAGCUACGUAGUCAGAUCAGUUCUCUGACUAGCACGGAGCGGGGAAUUCGAUCUGAAAUUGGACAGCUCCGACAAGAAAAUGAGCUGCUUCAGAACAAAUUACAUAACGCCGUACAAAUGAAACAGAAAGACAAGCAAACCAUCAGCCAGUUGGAGAAAAAACUGAAAGCAGAACAAGAGGCACGAGCCUUUGUAGAAAAACAGUUGAUGGAGGAAAAGAAAAGAAAGAAGUUGGAAGAAGCAACUGCUGCACGUGCUGUUGCAUUUGCUGCUGCUACCAGAGGAGAAUGCACUGAAACUUUACGGAAUCGUAUCAGAGAGCUGGAGACAGAAUGCAAGAAGCUAACAAUUGACAUAAAGCUGAAAGAAGACCAGAUACGAGAACUAGAAAUGAAAGUUCAGGAACUGCGGAAAUACAAGGAAAAUGAGAAGGAUACUGAGGUGUUAAUGUCAGCACUUUCAGCCAUGCAAGAUAAAACACAGCACUUAGAGAACAGCCUGAGUGCAGAGACAAGAAUUAAGUUGGAUCUGUUCUCUGCAUUAGGAGAUGCAAAACGGCAGCUUGAGAUUGCCCAAGGGCAAAUCAUUCAAAAAGACCAGGAAAUAAAGGACCUAAAACAGAGGAUAGCAGAAGUUAUGGCAGUGAUGCCCAGCAUAACAUACAAUGCAGCCACCAGCACCCUGAGUCCUGUUUCCCCACAUUACUCUUCCAAAUUUGUGGAGACCAGCCCUUCUGGACUUGAUCCCAAUGCCUCCGUUUAUCAACCCUUGAAAAAAUGAAUGCCAACUUUCUUUUUGCCCAACAGUUUUGUCCGACCGAAGGCAUCGUACAGGAGCAUCUCUUGCAGUCAAGAUGAAAUUGUAUUGUGUGAGACUGUAUUUGUCAUUUAAAACAGAAAGGGGGGAAAAAAGAACAUCAAUAUUUGACUAGAACUGCCCAUCGGUUUUUCUUGUAAAUUUUUAGAAAACCUCACAGAACUUUGCAAUUUAUUUUUCUUGGCCAAUGCAUUAAAAACAACUCUUGGUUUUCAAGUAGCCGAUUUUGCCUUUUUAUGUACUCUUGCAUGGUUUCCUCUUGAAAAACACAGGGCUUUGCUUGAUUCUGAACCCUUUCUUUUUUUUAAAUAAUCAAGCUAAAAUUGCAAAUCAGAGUCAUAAGGGAUAAUGAUGAAAAUUCUUUCGUUUUUAGAGUGAAAGGGUUAAAUAAACUAACAAAGCUUUGAUUUAUAGCUAUAUUAAAUAAAGGUAUGUAAUGUUGCCGAAAAUAAUUUAAUUACCCCUCAAAGGACCAAACAAAUUUAAGGGGCAUCAUUUAAGGGAAAGAAUAAGUAACGAGAAUAGAUGAUGUGAUGGUGGUUGUUGUGUGAAAUAUAAAUAUUCCCAUUGGUGUUUUUAGUCAUUGAGAAUUGCUAACAGUCUUGUUCACAGUGCCUUGGGAGAAGACAUUUCAAGAGGAAACUUGAUAGUUAAACUAUUUUUUCCCCCUUCACUGUCAUCUAGCUUAUAUAGCAAGCUCAUUACAGAGUCU